AUGAUUCCGUGCGAAGCUGCUUCAAGUAACGGAACCGCGUCGCCUCGCGACCUCCCUAGUAGGCGCCUCGCGAUGCGGCUCCUGGUGGGUGACAGAGGCGGGGUGGUGGACGCGGCGACGCCGAGAGUCCGCACGCCGGAAAAGGGUGCGUCGCAAGGAACCGGCGGUACCCGCGGCAUGCACAGCCGUGAAUCCAAGAGCCGCGAUAACUGGUCGAGGGAGUUUCCUCUCCAAGCGGCAGAUGCGGGUCGCGAAUGGCCGCAGAGCCGUAAGCAUGGUGGCGCAAAGGCGAUGAUCCGCAGCAUUAGCGACCGCGUGGCACGCGACUCGGUGGGUCCGAACGCGACAAUCCCAACCUCCCCCGCUUCCUCUACGUCCUCCGCUUCCUCCGCUUCCUCUGCUUCCUCUCCUAAAGCGAUCCAGGGGAACGCAUCGUCCCGAGGCCGACACCCAUCGCGCGUCGCGGCGUCGGAUCCGUUGGAACGCACUCUCCCCUGCAAAACCCGUUUGAACGACGACGACACGGCGACGACGGUCCGAAGUGAAGCGACGGAUGGUGAGGAAGAUUCGGACGCCGGGUCAGUGCCGAUGCGACAGCUGCGACGCGAGAUGGACGAUCUGAGGACGCAGCUGGAGCGAUGCGUGCGAAUCAACAAAUUGCUCUCCGCGGAGCGCACGGCGAAUGAAGCCACAGCAGCCGCCCGCGUGUUAGCGUCGGAACGCGACGACUUGGUGAAGGAGCUGGAAGAGGUCCUGAAAGCGUGGUCCCAAGCUGAUGACGUGGCAGCGGCAAAGCAAAAGGAGGAACGCGCAACAGCGCAAAGAACCCGAGUGUCGCUAGAGUGGACGCGAGCAGUGUUGGCACAAGAACGGGAGGCGGUGGGGAGGGAGCGGGAGGAGCUGAAGCGGGAGAGGGAAGCGCUGCAAAAAGAUAAGGAGAGGAUUGCCAAGGACGCGGCGAAACGGGCGGCGCAAGAGGUGCAAAGCGAGCGGAGAAAGCUGCAGCAGCAAGCAGGGAUGAUGGGCGUGCAGCAGCAGCAGCACCAUGUGACUCCCGAUGGUGUGCUUGUAAGGAGCGUCAGCAUGAGCAGCACGUGCAACUGCCUCAACAGUACGAAAAGCAGUGCCGAUACGAGGUCCAACAACGAGGCGGCAACGGACCAGCAGGCAAGCAAGCAGGGGGGAAGCAGGAGCAGCAGCAACAUCAAGGUCGGUGCAUCUGCUUCAUGCAGGACCCCCUCCUGUCGGUCGGAGAGCAACCUCACUGCGUGUGCUUCCAGGGAACAGGAGCACGCGCUGACUGGGCUUCCGCACUCUGCGAGCGUAGGUGACUCCGGCCCAUCGUCUCCAAAGAAAGUCACCUCGCCGAAAGAGCGCGUGGGUCGAAUGUGGGUACUUGAGAGCUCCAGUGCGGCAGUGGCUCCUCCCCAAACUAGUGCUCCUUCCCCCCCAUCUAGAAGCCCUCGCAGUACCAGUACAGCUGGUUACAGCAGCAGCAGCAGUUUUGGUAGCGUUGGGAGUUACUCUUCUGUUUUGGACUAUGGUGCGAAGCCACCCAUGUUUCCUGGAUUGCUGCAAGACCCGAGGAUGUCAGGGAGGCGUGUGAAGUUCUCACUCAUCGAAUAA